GCAUACAAGACUUGUCUCUCUAUCUUUCUGCGGCACAUAUAACUGAAUCAUGGUUUCUCUAUCACAACCCAAGCUUCCUGUAAUUCACAUGGCUGACUUGAAUCCUGGAACUGAAUCUUGGAUCUCGACAUCCCAAAAGGUGACACAAGCUCUUGAAAAGUAUGGUUGUUUCGUGGCUGUAUAUGAAAGGGUUUCUCAACAGUUGAAGAAGGAAGUUCUUGAUUCCUUAAGAACCCCAUUUGACCUCCCUACAGACACCAAAAUCAACAAUACAUCUGAUAAGCCUUUCCAUGGCUACAUGCGUCCAGUUCCUACUCGUCCACUGUAUCAAAGUUUGGGAAUUGAGCAUGCUACAAGUUUAGAUGAUGUUCAACGCUUCACAAACCUUAUGUGGCCUUCUGGAAAUCACCAUUUUAGUAACACUAUGCAUUCUUAUGCAACUCUAGUCACAGAACUAGAAAAUGCGGUGAGGCAGAUGGUGUUUCAAAGCUAUGGAGUAGAGAAAUACUAUGAAUCAUUUAACGAAUCAAUGAACUAUCUUUUUAAAGUAAUGAAAUACUCUGCACCAAAACCAGACCAGACUAACUUGGGUGUAGCAGUUCAUACAGACAAGAGCUUUAUCACCGUACUUGGCCAAAUUAACGAGGUGAAUGGAUUGGAAGUUGAAAUCGAGGAUGGCAAGUGGAUAACUUUUGAAUUCCUUCCAUUGUCCUUUGUUGUACUAGCAACCGAUCCAUUGAUGGCAUGGAGCAAUGGUAGAGUGAAAUCUCCUCGUCACCGAGUGAUCAUGAAUGGGCAAGAAGACAGAUACUCGAUAGUUCUAUUCUCAUACAAGAAAGGGAUCAUACAAACACCAGAAGAAAUUGUUGACCAAGAACACCCAUUAAGAUUCAAGCCGUUCGAUCAUUACAAGUUUCUUGACUUUGUCUCUAAAGAUGAAAAUUACUUGGACGAGAAAGCAAUAAAAUUGUUUUGUGGAGUGUGAAACAUUCCUAAUGAGAAUGUGAUAUAUU